UCCCUCAGACGCAGGUGAAGGAAGCAAGCAAGGAAGGAGGGCGUUGCGAGAGAAGAGAGAACCCAGGCGGAGGCAGCCAGAGCCAGAGGCAGCUCCCUCCUUCGCAGCAGCAGCUCCCACCUCUUCCGCAGAAGGACCGGCGGCGGCGGCUGCCUGAGUCCCUCCUGCUGCUGCUUCCAGGGAAGAAGAAGGAGGAGGCAGGCGGGAGAGAGCCCCGGCCCCGACGCCCCUCUUUCCCCCUCCGACGAAGGGCACCAAGGAGAGCCCGCCAGGAAAAGGAAGCCCCCGAGGAAGAGGAAGGGCUGUCUGAGGGGAGCCCAAGGAGACCCCUGCUGAGGCCCCUCGGAAGGAAGGAAGGAGCCCUGAGAGGGAGAGAAGACCUCCAAGGAAAGAAGGAGGGAAGGACCCCCUCUUCCCUCAGGUGCCUUGGAAGGGAGAAGAGACCCUCCAAGGAAGGAAGGAAGGAAAGAGCCUCUUCCCUCAGGAAGGAUCCCGGAGAGGGAAGGAGUCCCCUGGGAAGAAGGAAGGAAGGAAGGAAGGAGGGAGCCGGUUCCCUGCUGGGUCCCGGAGGAGCCCUGAGACGCGGCGGCGCUGCUUCCCCGGGCGGCCCCCGAGGGAUGGUGGCUGUCUUCCCCGGGGGCCGAGGAGGAGGAGGAGGAGGAGGAGGAGGAGGAGGCCUCCGCAGCCGAAGCAGCAGCAGCAGCAGCAGCGAGAGGUCGGGCUCUUCCUCCGGCGGCGGCGGCGGCCAAGAGAAGGAGGCAACGGAGGAGACGGCAUGAGGCGCUGGGCGGCGGCGGUGGCCACGGGCGGCUUGUGGCUGCUGCUGGGUCUGGGCUCGGUGGCCCUCGGGGAGGCCCAGGAAGCUGAAAUCCCCCAAGAGGUGAUUGAAAGGCUGGCACACAGCGAAAUCCACAGCAUCCGUGACCUGCAGCGCCUCCUGGAGAUUGACUCCGUAGGAUAUGAUGAUAUCUCAGAGACAAACUUGAUAUCACACAGUGUUUAUUCCGCCAAACACGUACAAGAAAGUCAUCCCAGACCCAUUCGCAGGAAAAGAAGUGUCGAAGAAGCCAUUCCUGCUGUCUGCAAAACACGAACCGUUAUAUAUGAGAUACCUCGGAGUCAGAUCGACCCGACAUCUGCUAGCUUUCUGAUAUGGCCACCGUGUGUGGAGGUGAAGCGCUGUACAGGCUGUUGCAACACCAGCAGUGUGAAAUGCCAGCCGUCGCGGAUACACCACAGAAAUGUUAAGGUGGCAAAAGUGGAAUAUGUUAGAAAAAAGCCAAAAUUAAAAGAAGUCUUGGUAAAGCUAGAAGAGCAUAUGGAGUGCACCUGUACAUCAUCAAAUUCUAAUUCAGAUUUUCGAGAAGAAGAAACUGGAAAGCCUAGGGAAAAGGUUAAAAAACGGAAACGAAAAAAGUUAAAACCCUCAUAAAAAAUACUGCUGAUGACCAGAUGUAAGGUGAAAAUAAGCUCGAAAACGUUUUCUCUCUGGGACAUGGAUGUACAUGGUUUGUUACAUUCCUGAACCUACUGUGUAUGGUGCUUUACUGACUGUAUACUUCGUUCGUUCUCCUACGUGGGAGAACCCCAAAAAACUGGCUUAAAAAAAAGAGGGAGGGAGAAAAAGAGAAAGAAAGAGAGAGACUUCACGAGAACAACAGAGACAAUGUACAUUUGUUUAAUAUGACAUCAAAGCAAGUAUUGUAGCACUCUACAAAACAAUGCGAAGUUUCCCUGUCCAAAAAAAGAAGAAGAGAAAGAUGACACGAAUGGAACAUAACAAUGUGACAAAACAAAAGGAAAAGGAACACUAAGUUAAGUGCAGAUUUCCUCUUAAAAGAGCAGUCAAUGGUGCUUUAUUUCUGUUUGUUUUUGUCAAGAGAUGUGCCUGCAUUCUUGAUGAAGAUGGAUGGACACUGAUGGAGUUUAGGCACUCACACAAAGAAAAAAGAGAGCAGGAAUGUAUCAAAUGCCACGGCAGACACUAUAGAAACUGUGCGAUUUUUGCUUGGCAGUGUUUUAAAGUCUAUACAAAAAAAAAUCCUUCUGGGGCGCCUUAAGUGGAUGUUUUUGUUUUUGUUUUGUUUUUUUACACCAUAAAGUUAUUAUUAAGCUUUCUUUUUACUCUUUGCCUAGCUUUUUAUUAUCUCUUCGGACUACAUUUACCAAUAACCCAUAUAGAAGACUGCUGUAGUGGUGAUGAUGAAACAGGACACACACACAAGUAUGGAAUUUUCUCCUAGCGGGAUGCAAACGAAUGAGAUGUAUUAAAAUAAAAAUGGUAUACCUAUGCAUAAUU